UUGAGCAGAUAACAUCAACGCUUGAAUUUUAUUUAUCACAUUAAGAAAAGCGAAUAAAAAAUAUUAUUUCAUAUUUAUGAAAUUAAAAACGGAUUUAAAUUAAAUUACAACACAAAUCUGCAGAGAAAUAACCAAAAAGACAAGAAGUGAUUGUCUUCAGUUUGUCGACGAUACACAUUGGCAGUAAAAUUGAUAUGGCAAAGAAGUGGGAAACCUCCCUGGCACUGUCUAUGAUGGUGCUAUUUGCACUCAUUUCGUGUUGUAUGACUCAAACAUUUCAAUAUUCACGUGGGUGGGUAAAUGGUAAAAGAUCCGGUCCGCCAAAUGCACCCAAAGCUGAAGAGAUUCCAGACAUAUGCAAGCAAUUUUUUUUAUCAGAAAUCUUGGCCCAUAGCAAUCCACUUACCGUUCAUAUUAUCGCUCAUGAUUAUGCAACAAAUCCGCAUCAAUUUCAUUCAGCUGCCUCUUAUCAACGGCCACAAAUUAAACAUGAAUCUGAUUUGGUGCCAGCUGCUCCGUACAUCAUUGAAUCAUCAUCACCAAAUGCCUAUGACCCGAACGAUCGAUACAAACGUAAUGCCAAAAAGAACAUCUAAAUUAUCAUUGUCUCCUGAACCGAUCGUUGUUUGACCAAUGAGAAGAACAAAGAACUGAAAAUGUUUUUAUCAAAAAGUGCAAAUAUUGAUCGCCAAAAUAAAGACGCAAAAUCGGUGGCUUCGUGCAGUAAUGAGAAGAGGAGGUGCUAUUAAAUAAACACAAUCUCGAUAUCAUGCUUCACAAGGAUUUGAAUGAACUACAAUUAAAAUUGGUAUAUUUUUGAAUAUAAGUCACAAUAAUAAAAAAUUUCUCGUUUCAAAUGCAAUUGUCUAUUUUAUGGCUGGAGUGAAAUAAAAAUAUAAAUGUAAAAA